CACGCCAAAGCGCGCUUGGACAAAUACUACUACCUCGCCAAAGAGAAGGGCUACCGUGCUCGUGCCGCCUUCAAACUCAUCCAGUUGAACAAAAAGUUUUCCUUCCUCCAGAACGCGAAAUGUCUCAUCGAUCUUUGCGCCGCUCCCGGAUCGUGGCUUCAAGUCGCCGCCGAGACGAUGCCGCAGAAGUCGCUCAUCGUCGGAGUCGAUCUCGCCCCGAUCAAGCCUAUCCCCAAAGCGAUCACCUUCCAGGGCGACAUCACGACCGAUAAAUGUCGCGCGACGAUCAGAGGACACCUCAAGACGUGGAAGGCAGACUGUGUGAUACACGAUGGUGCGCCAAACGUUGGUACUGCAUGGGUGCAGGAUGCGUUCUCACAGAAUGAGCUGGUAUUGUCGAGUUUGAAAUUGGCGACCGAGUUCCUUGCGCCAAACGGAGUGUUCGUGACGAAGGUGUUCAGGAGCAAGGAUAGUGCGAAGUUAGAGUGGAUCUUCAAACAACUGUUCGCAAAGGUGGAACAGACCAAGCCGCCGUCAAGCAGAAAUGUCUCAGCAGAGACGUUCUACGUUUGCAGAGGAUACAAGGCGCCGAAGCAUUUGGAUCCAAGGUUCUUGGACCCGCAGCAUGCCUUCGCAGAGGUGGAGGCUGCGGCAGUGAACAACGAGGCCAAGGUCUUCAACCCAGAGAAGAAGAAGAGGAAGAGAGAAGGUUAUGAGGAGGGCGACUGGACACAGUUUCACGAGGCACCGGCGAGCGAGUUCAUCCAGACGCAGGAUCCGAUCGCGAUGCUUGGUAGUCUGAACAGACUGCAUUUCAGGCAAGAAGUAAACGGCGAUAUUGCCCUUGCUGCGCUCGACAAGCUUCCGGAGACGACUGAAGAGGUACGGCAGAAUUGCGAGGAUCUCAAGGUGCUGGGAAGGAAAGAAUUCAAAGUUCUGCUGCGUUGGAGAUUGAAGGCAAGAGAACGAUUUGGCUUCAGAGUGAAGAAGGAGGGCACUCACAAGAAGGCGGAGAAGACUGAGGAUGAAGAAGGCGCUCAAGGAGAAGAGGUUGCCGUGGUGGAGUCCAUGGAUGACGAGAUGCGUAUGCAAGAGGAGAUUCGAGCGAUGAAGGAUAUGCAAAAUAAGGUGAAGAGGAAGGAGAGGCGGAAGGAGAACGAAAAGAAACAGAAGGAGAUUGUUCGAAUGCAGAUGGGCAUGACCACACCUUCGGAAAUCGGUAUCGAUGCUGGCGGACCGGACGACACCUUCCAUCUGAGAGACGUUGAUAAAGACGACUCUAUACGACGACAGAUCGUACACGGCCGCAUGCACACACAGGUAGCGCCAGAAAAGCCGCAGGAAGAAGCCGUUGAUAGCGAGGAAGAUGAGGAUGAAGAUGGAGAUGAUCUUGAAAGAGAGCUGGACAAUAUGUACGAAAUGUACAACGAUCGUCGUGAGGACCGAGAUGCGAAAGCCAAGGCCAAACGCGCUCGUCUACAAGCCAAGGACAAUGAAGAUGAGGAGUUCGAAGACUUUGACAAGCGCGAAGGCGAAGCGGAUACAGACAUCAGCAGCGACGAGGAUCUCCUCGAGGACGAUGACGAUGAUGUGGACAGUGAUGCAGGGGCUGGAGAAGGGUUCACGACUGAUCUUCUACCAAAGACUAAGAAGGGAGAGCUCAGCAAUCGAGCGGCGACUUUCUUCCAGCAAGACAUCUUUGCCGGAAUAGAUGGUCUAGACGAGGAAGAAGAGAAGAUUCAAGCGGAGAAAGAGCGGGAUAGUGGCAUCGAUGAUUCUGACUGGGAAGAAGGCACCCAGAAGAAAGACUCGAGGGACGGAGAAGGCCGUCCCAAUAUCGACAUCAUCACCGCCGAAGCCAUGACUCUGGCGCAUCAACUGGCCACUGGGAAAAUCACCAAGCACCAACUCGAUGACGAAAACUUCAACAAGUUCUCACAUCGCGACGUGGACGGCCUGCCCGAAUGGUUUCUCGACGACGAGGGCAAACACUCUCGUGCCCAACGCCGCAUCUCCAAAGAAGCCGCUGCAGCCAUCAAGGAGAAGCUCCGCGCCCUCAACGCCCGCCCCAUCAAGAAGGUCCGCGAAGCCAAAGCCCGCAAGACGAUGCGCGCCGCCCGUCGUCUCGAGAAGCUGAAGAAGAAGUCCGAGGGCUUGAUGGAGGAUGGCGAAAGCACCGAUCGCGACAAGGCGCAGACUAUCCAGAAAAUGAUGGCCAAGGCUGCCAAGGGGUCGAAGAAGAAGAAGCAGCCGGUCAAGGUUGUCAAGGCUGGUGGCCAGAAUAAAGGUAGUGGGAGGCCGAGAGGUGUUAAGGGUAAGUAUAAGAUGGUGGAUCCGAGGAUGAAGAAGGACGUGAGAGGUUUGAAGAGGGCGGAGAAGAGGAAUAAGGGGAAAAAAUAG